GGUGCAGCAGAUCCAGGAAGCGAAAGCGCACGUUCAAACGUUUCUACUGCAGGUCAUUCGCCCGAACAAGUUAGUUGAGGAGCUCGUGGAUUCGAGGAUCCAGGGCCAAGGACACAGGGUGCUCGGGCCUGGCCCUUCCGUUGGCUCCUGACCCAGCUGGCAGGUCGGAGUGCAUGUCCGGGUCACUAUGACCAAGUCUCAGAGUGCGGGCGGGGACUCGCAGAUCGGUCCCUCUAGCGCCAUCCCGCUGAGGCGGCGAGGUCAGGCCAUGCUUCUACUGACCGCCAUAUCAGCCCUCAAGAGCUCCCCCAAUGCCUCCAGGCUCUUCGUGGCUACUGACAGUGCAGGAGUGCUCGACGCUUUCAGGUGUGCCGAACGCUGCAGCGAGGAUGCGCGAUCCUCACUCCUCUAGAGGUCCAACGCAGAGAUCGGAGACAAGGUGCUGAGUUACAAGACCAGUAUGAUCCACAGCGCAAGAGAAACUGGCGCUCAAGCUCAGAUGCAGAUGACAGCAGACUGGUGGGCACUGACGAGAUGUCACAAGUUGAUUCUUACUCGGCAGAGCACCUUCGGCUACAUAGCCGCGGGUUACGCAGGCAUCGUCCCUUACACUGUGCACGAGCACAAGGUCGAGCGGCGGUUUCAUUGUGGACCAUUCGGGCUGUGUGACUUGCAUCCGUUAGAAUCUCAGAUAUGACGAAAGAAUAACAACUAGCUUGAUUUACUGAAACAAAUUUCGAAAACUUCC